AGAUGUCAGUACUCUCAGAUCUAAUCAACCUUAACCUCUCCGACACCACCGAGAAGGUGAUCGCCGAGUACAUAUGGAUCGGUGGAUCUGGCAUGGACAUGAGGAGCAAAGCAAAGACACUAUCAGGACCGGUUACAGACCCUUCGAAGCUUCCGAAAUGGAACUACGAUGGUUCCAGCACUGGUCAAGCUCCUGGACAAGAUAGUGAAGUGAUCUUAUAUCCACAAGCAAUUUUCAAAGAUCCAUUCAGGAGGGGCAACAAUAUCCUGGUCUGUUUCUUCUUCUCUACAAUGUUAUCUGUUAUGUGUGAUGCUUACACUCCUGCUGGGGAACCCAUUCCCACGAACAAGAGACAUGCUGCUGAAAAGAUAUUCAGCAAUCCUGAUGUUGUUGCUGAAGAACCCUGGUAUGGUAUUGAGCAGGAAUACACCUUGUUGCAGAAAGAUAUCAAUUGGCCUCUUGGAUGGCCUGUUGGUGGUUUUCCAGGGCCACAGGGACCGUACUAUUGUGGUGCUGGUGCUGACAAGGCUUUUGGGCGUGACAUUGUUGACUCACAUUACAAAGCCUGUCUUUAUGCCGGCAUUAACAUCAGUGGAAUUAAUGGAGAAGUGAUGCCCGGUCAGUGGGAAUUCCAAGUUGGUCCAGCUGUUGGGAUCUCUGCUGGUGACGAGUUGUGGAUUGCUCGUUACAUUUUGGAGAGGAUCACUGAGAUUGCUGGGGUGGUGCUUUCCUUGGACCCUAAACCAAUUCAGGGUGAUUGGAAUGGUGCUGGUGCUCACACCAAUUACAGUACCAAGUCCAUGAGAAAUGAUGGUGGCUAUGAAGUCAUCAAAAAAGCAAUUGAGAAGUUGGAGAAGAAACAUAAGGAGCACAUUGCUGCUUAUGGAGACGGCAAUGAGCGUCGUUUGACAGGAAAACAUGAGACAGCUGAUAUUAAAACCUUCUUAUGGGGUGUUGCAAACCGUGGUGCUUCUGUUAGGGUAGGGAGGGAAACUGAGAAAGCAGGGAAGGGAUAUUUUGAGGACAGGAGGCCUGCGUCUAACAUGGACCCAUACGUGGUCACUUCCAUGAUUGCAGAGACAACCAUUCUCUGGAAACCAUGAGCAC